AUGGUCACGGCAAAGAAGAGCUCAACGUGCGUAGAUGUUCUGCAAACAAUAAACAGCUAUCCUGAUCUUCAAGACAUAGGCGAUAACGUUCGACAAAUACGAAAGUGUACCAUCGGUAGUCUCCUUCUGGUGUUGAAUAGAAAAGCACAGGAAAAGACGAAACAAAUUCUUAUUGCAACAGCAGAGAAAAUGUCUGACAAAGUGGAGGUCACGUGCACGGGAGACUCUGUUGCUUUUGAACUGAAUGAACUUGAUGAAUUAACUGUGGCUGAAGAGAUGCAUAAAGCGCAUCGAAAUCAAAUUGAAGGAGCGAAAAACAUUGAUAUUUCCGUUGUACAGUUACUCCGCAAAGCAUACGGUGAUAUACACAUAGCAGUAGUUGUAUUGUCUACGGAACUAGCAAGAAAAAGCUAUAGAAAAUGGGAGUAUUCGAGUUGGUUGGCUAAGUAG